AUGACGCAGCCUGCAACGUGCAAGUACGAGCCCAGGCCCGAUUUCAGGGCCGGGUCCGAGUCCGAGUCCGAGUCCGAGUUCGAGUCCGAGUACAGGUACAGAUACCGCUCGCGUCCGAUCGUAGGAGUGCAAAUGUCGUAUAUUCAUAAUCGCUACAGCGCUCGUGCAAGAAUUGGCAUAUCAAGCACCCGUGGCCAACGCCAAAUGCUCCAUCUGAAGCAAGCGUUCGCUGUCCCUCGGCAACUUCUUCGCGUCCUCGGUGUCCCGUCGACCAACACGCCCGGCGCGAAGGAGCUCGUGCGGUUGUGA